CUUCAGCAUUGAGGCUCAGUAUAUAAGAGGCUCCGCUUUCACAUCAGGUCACUGUGACAGCGUUUAGACGAAGAAAACAAGCCUCCAAGCUGAGAUGGAUCCGUGUGUGGUGAAGUGGAAAUUCUUUGCUGUCAGUGUCCUGCUGUUCACACUGUGCCACGGCCACACAGCUGCUGUCAGCCUGAAGGAACAGCUGGCCGACUGUCUGGAGGACAAAGACUACGAGGAGCUGCUGCAGACUGUGAAGACCGGCCUCCCGCACAUAAACACGUCCCAUCAUGUCGUGAUUGUUGGAGCUGGCAUGGCUGGACUGACGGCCGCCAAGCUGCUGCAGGACGCAGGACACAAGGUAACCAUAUUAGAGGCUAGUGGGAGAGUGGGAGGACGUGUGGAGACCUACAGGAACGAAACAGAGGGCUGGUACGCUGAACUGGGAGCAAUGAGGAUCCCAACUUUUCACCACAUCGUCCGCUGGUUUGCUGAGGAACUUGGGGUCAAGCUGAAUAAAUUCACCAUGGAAGACAUCAACACCUUCUACCUGGUCCACGGUCUGCGGAAACGGACGUACGCAGUGAAAGCAAACCCCGACAUCCUCAAGUAUGACUUGCCUGAAGGAGAGAGAGGGAAGUCAGCUCAAGAGCUGCUACAGCGAGCUUUGCAGAAGGUGUGGAGGAUGGAGAGGGAAUCUGUGGUGAAAGAUGAAGUGGAGGCAAAAGGCUGCGAAGCUGCGCUGCAGAAAUACGACCACUAUUCUGUGAAGGAAUAUCUGAAACAAGAAGGAGGUUUGAGCGCAGAGGCAGUGAGGAUGAUCGGAGACUUGCUGAAUGAGCAGAGCCUCAUGCACCUGGCUCUAACCGAGAUGAUCUACCUCAACAGCGACGUCAGCGACAGCACCGUGUACGAUGAAAUAACCGGUGGGUCGGACCUUCUCCCCAAAGCUUUCCUCAGUGUACUUGAUGGCUCCAUCCUCCUCAACUCCAAGGUCAAGUGCAUCACCCAGUCAGAUCAGGGUGUCAGUGUAUGGUAUCAGACGGGUCAACAGUCCUCUCUGACGGACCUUGCGGCGGACGUCGUCCUGGUAACGACCACAGCCAAAGCAGCCCUCUUCUUGGACUUUGAGCCACCUCUGUCCAUCAGAAAGAUGGAGGCCCUGAAGGCGGUGCACUAUGACAGCUCCACCAAGAUCAUCCUCACCUUCAAAGAAAGGUUCUGGGAGGAGGACGGCAUCCGAGGAGGAAAGAGCAUCACCGACCGGCCCACUCGUUACAUCUACUACCCCAGCCACAGUUUCCAAACAAACCAGACCAUCGGCGUCCUUCUGGCUUCCUACACCUGGUCUGACGACUCCCUUCUCUUCCAUGGAGCGAGUGAUGAAGACCUGAAAGAGCUGGCUCUGAGAGAUCUGGCACAGAUCCACGGCAAGAAGGUCUGGUCUCUCUGUACGGGGGUGGUGGUGAAGAGGUGGACCUUGGACCCUUACAGUCUGGGCGCCUUCGCUCUCUUCACACCCUACCAACAUAUAGAGUACUCUAAGGAGCUCUUCAGAAGCGAAGGAAGGAUUCACUUUGCUGGUGAACACACAGCCUUCCCUCACGCCUGGAUCGAGACGGCUAUGAAAUCUGCAAUCAGGGCGUCUGCAAACAUUAACAAAGCAGCGCACAAAAAAAUGGCUACCGCUCAACACCGGCACGAGCUGUAGGGAGUUAAAUCAGUGGAAUGAAGUUUUGGUGUCAGCGGUGGAGGGUGUGAGGCGUAGCGUUGCUUUAAGGGCUGUAUCCAAUGAUUAUUUUCAUUACUGACCAAUCCACAGAUCGUUCUCUCCAUUAACAAAGUGUUCAUCGUAACUUUGCAGAGCCCACAGUGAGAUCUUCAAAUUGUCCACAAUGCAACAAUAUUAUUUUUAAAAAAGCUGCAAAUCCUCAUGAAUCUCACGAAAUGUUUUGCCUUUUUCUUGAAAAAUCACUGAAAUAAUUAAAGUUGCCAGAACAGCA